AUUAUUUUAUUUAUUUGUUUAAAUGGAGCAAAAGUGACAGUAAAUAUUAUUAGAAAAGAUUUCUAUUUUAAAUAAAUGCUGUUCUUUUCAACUUUCUGUUCAUUAAAUAAUCUUAAAAAUAUGUAUCACAUUGAAAUAGUUUUGAAUGAAAAUUCAGCUUUGCGAUUACAUAAAUUACAAAAUAUAAAAAUACAUAAAUUUUAUUACUGUUUUGCAUUACUUUUUGAUCAAAUAAAUGCAGCCUCUGUAAACAUAAGAGACACUGAAAAAGGUAUAGAAACAGAUUCUAGCAUGAAGCUAUCUGAAAUGUUUCCUGAGUUUGCAAACCAGUGAAAAUGUCUAAGAAAGUAAAAACAUUAGGAUGGAGAGGUUUAAGAAAUGCAGGACAUUAAGUAAUUCUUAAAUAGCUCUACUUAAAAAGUAUGUCAUGGGGGAGAGAGAAAUUAUCAUUCACAAACAAUCACUUAGCAACACACGAAAGAACAAACACAACCGGUUUCAAAUAAGCACUUGCAGUCAUUUAAAGCACUCCAACAAGAAGAAUAAGGCGGAUACAAUGCACGAACCAUAAACUUUUUUCAUUUCUGAACUGCUGGAACUAAUUGAAGUACCGACGAUGUCAUCUUUAAAUAAGUAACUGAGAUUAAAUGGGAGGAGGGACAGUGUGACUCAUGUUUUGGCCAAAGGAAUUAUGGCCCAUUUGGGAUUGAACUCUGUAAGGGAAGGGUGUGUGUGUGUGAGUGUGUGUUCAUAAAUGCACAUACGACCAGUAUAAAGCAAAGACUUCAUCAAGACUGUAGGAUUUCACUGAUUUUCAGAGUUCACCAUGUCUCAAGGUGAAGAAGAAGAAGUUAAGAGGCCUGAGGUAAAAGCGGAGGAUUUGAUUGGAGCCAGAGAUAAACUGGCGUCUGGAACAGAGGUGAAGAGCAAGACCUUUGAAGUGAUGCAGGAAUGCGAACGAGCCGGGAAGGUCGCGCCAUCCAUCUUCAGCAAAGCUCGCUCAGGAUCUGAGACUGCCUUUAACAAACCCAGCAAGAAAAAAUAACACUAUGGAACUAUUAUUUCACUAAAUUGUAAAUGAAUCUAAAGCAUUGACAGAAAAACAACUUGUUGGUUUUUGUUUGAACAAUGUAACCAUUUAACAGCACAGCUAAACAAUAUUUAGUUAGUUAAACAAUAUUUAGUUAGUUAGACUGAUCUUAUGUACCUCAAUGUACUUUUUAUUUACUAAAAACUUUUGUCCUGAAUUAAAAUAGGCUUCAAACAAUUAAAAACUGAAUGUUUACUGGAUGUGUAAAGGACACUUAUUUUUUUUUACCGUCAAACACAGCAAAAAGGCCGUCAAAAAAAGGCUUUUUGCAAAGAUGCGUUAAAAAAACUUUUUCUUCAGAUGAAGCUGGACCACGAAUGAUUCGCAUGAAGAUCAGUGGGAAAUCGGUGAUGCAUUCCCUUCAAAAAUAAAAAAAUGCAAUCCCCUGUGUCUUAAGCUGCUUAGAUGUCAGGAGUACAUAAUGACUGCUGUGUUCAUUAUUACAUCUAACAACAAAACACCUAAAUCGCUUAGGAGAUUUUUCGUCUACAUCUACUGCGGCGGUGAAACAAUGGUGAAGACACCAGUCUGUGCUGAAAUGCUACUGUAAAUCAAACUUGUGGGAAGGGCCUGCUUGACGUCACAAACACAGGGAUCUAAGAGCCGCUCGAUUUCAGAAAGGGAUAAAGAUUUUAGAUAAAAAUAAAAACCCUGGGUGGAUUUUUAUCACUAUAGGGUGGUUGUGUACACACACUUUUCAGUUCAAACAACUUGUAAAGUGCAUGUAGCAUCCGAUGACCCCUUCAAGUUUUUUGGAAAAUAAAUAAAUACAUAAUUUGUUGGUUUAGUUUUCAAAUGAAAAGAAGCAUUUGUUUUUGUGUGAAAGUUCAAUGUGUCAUAAAAAGUACCAUUUAUAUUUCACGUUACUAUCAAAAAAAUAUUUAUUUCCAGAACAAAAAAACUGAACAGCAGACAGGACAAUGGAAAACAUAUCCUACAGAAGAAUAACAAAAGUCUGGGAUGAAACAAAAAAAAAAAAUAA